CAGGGACCUGCUCCAGCCUGGCUACCCCGCGGUGUGUUUGGGUGCCAUCUACUACCAUUUGAAAUCAUCUCCCAAGACCUGCUGCCACCAGACCCUGCCAGCAGAGACCACCAGAGCAUCUCCUCCACCUUUACCAUCCUUCUGAGGAAGUUUACACCAUGGUCUAAUUAAUAGGUCUUGUUUUCUCGGCCGCGUUUGGCAUUGAAUCAUGGGGAGGAAGCUGGACCUGUCCAGUCUGACUGAUGAUGAAACCGAGCAUGUCCUCCAGGUGGUCCAGCGAGACUUCAAUCUUCGGAAAAAAGAAGAAGAACGGCUUAGCGAGAUGAAGCAGAAGCUGGACGAGGAGGGCAGCAAGUGCAGCAUCCUCUCCAAGCACCAGAAGUUCGUGGAGCACUGCUGCAUGCGCUGCUGCUCGCCCUUCACCUUCCUCGUCAACACCAAGCGCCGCUGUGGGGACUGCGCGUUCAACGUCUGCAAGAGCUGCUGCUCCUACCAGAAGCACGAGAAGGUCUGGAUCUGCUGCGUCUGCCAACAAGCCAGGCUCCUGCGAACCCAGUCUCUGGAAUGGUUCUACAAUAAUGUGAAGAGCCGCUUCAAGCGCUUUGGCAGCGCCAAGGUCCUGAAAAACCUGUACAGGAAACACCGGCUGGAGAGUGGAGCAGGCUUCGACAUCCUCGGAGGAAGCUUUUUUGAGACAAACCUGGAGAAUGAAGGAAGUGUUUCAGGCAGUGAUUCAACAUUUUAUAGGCAAUCAGAAGGACACAGCAUGAUGGACACAUUGGCUGUUGCCUUACGUGUGGCCGAAGAGGCCAUCGAGGAGGCGAUUUCCAAAGCAGAAGCCUAUGGGGACAGCCUGGACAAGCAGAAUGAGGCCAGUUACUUGCGGGACCACAAGGAGGAGCUGACUGAGGAGCUGGCCACGACUAUCUUGCAGAAGAUCAUAAGAAAACAGAAGAGCAAAGGUGAGCAGCAAAUGGAAGAAGAGUCAGAGUGGUCACAGCCCCAGAGCUGCAGUGCGAAGGCGGCCGACGAGGGGACCGCGGCCUCCCCCGGAGGCCACCCUGCCUCCAGCAUCCGCUGGCGGUCCCCGUCCGAGUUCUCACCCAUCGGAGAAGAUGCCCUGCAGACCUGUUUGCUGGAGGCUGCGUCGAGGCAUCCGGGGAGCCUGGGCCAGCAGCCCAGGGAGGAGUCGGCGUGGCCCAGCUGGAGGAGCCUGGACAGUCCGGACCAGACAGACCGGGCCCCCGUUUUGCAGAGCCCCGAUGGGAACUGGGUGGCGCUGAAGGAUGGUGCUCUGCCCCCCGCCCGCCUGCUGGCCAAACCUAAGAGUGGCGCAUUCCAGGCCCUGGAGGCUGCCUCCAGCGUGGCCUCCGCCUACGAGGAGAUGGGCUCCGACAGCGAGGAGGACUUUGACUGGAGUGAGGCCUUGAGCACGCUAUGCCCACGGCCCCAGGAUCUGCCCAGGAACCCCCAGCCUCAGCCCACGCAGGCCCAAGGCUUGGACCAAGUCCCCUCCGCCACCUCUGCUCCCUCCAGGCUUUCCCCCCACCUCGAGGCCACGUGCUCUGACUCAGAGACGUCCUCCACGGGCUCCUCCCGGGAAACAGGGCAUCAUCGGGCCAGACUGUCCUGGCUGCAGAGGAAGGCUCCUAGGACCCCUGUCGCCGAAAAGAUGCACCUCCAGGGGGAGCUGGACGUGAACUUCAAUCCCCAGGCAGCCAGCAGGGAGACCUCGGACAGCAGCGAGCCUGAGGAGGCCCCCCACGCGCCAGACCGGCGGGCCCGGAGGUGGAGAAGGGCCCGCGUGGGCUCAGAGGAUCCAAGCAAGGAGCUAUCUUCCCCCAACGCCCAUUCCCAGGAGCUGAGCACCCACCAGGUGUUGGGUGACUUAUCGGAGACCGACCUCGGCAAUGAGACUCGGCACCCCCGGACCCGUGCCGACACCACGGAGGAGAAAGUGAGAAACAAGUUGUUCGAGUUGGCGAUGAAAAUGAGUGAGAAGGAGACAUCUUCGGGGGAGGAUCAGGAGUCCGAGCCCAAGACAGAGUCCGAGAAUCAGAAAGAAAGUCUGUCCUCUGAAGACAACAGCCAGAGCAUCCAGGAAGAGCUGAGGAAGAAGUAUUCUGCUGUUUCUCUCUGCAACAUCUCCACAGAAGUCCUGAAAGUCAUCAAUGCCACGGAGGAGUUGAUAGCAGAGUCGACAGGGCCCUGGGAGUUCCCACCCGGCCCUCCUGACAGAGAGAAGGGGACAUUUCCUCUUGGGACAGACCAAGUGAGACUGGAUGAGCAGCUGACCUCCCUGGAAGAAAACGUGUACCUGGCGGCAGGCACUGUGUACGGACUGGAAGGCCAGCUGAAUGAGCUGGAGGAUGCCGCCCGCUGCAUCCACAGUGGCACUGAUGAGACCGAACUGGCAGAUCUGGAGGACCAGGUGGCCACGGCUGCAGCCCAGGUCCACCAUGCUGAGCUCCAGGUAAGGACACUCCUCUCUGCCCAGAUGGGAGAUCGCCGAGCAAAAGGAGAGAGCACCCUAUCUUCCACAAGAAUUAUUUCGAAAACACAAGCCUGGGCAAUCCGGACACCUGGUCUUUCUUCCUUAACAGUCGGUCCAGCUCUGGGUGACAUUCCCAUUUGUUUCCUUUCAGCUGAAAAAAUGGCGGUAUCUUCAGUGACCAACACAAAAACAUUCAACCGCAACUUCAUUCUCCAAGGCUCCUCGACAAACAGGAAAAGCACCACCAAGGACUUGAUGGAGCCCACUCUGGAAUCCGCUGUGAUGUAUUAGCGCCACGGAGCUCCACUGCCAGUGACCCACUGCCUCCGGCGUACACGACAGUGCCUUGACCCAACAGCCAUUGAAUACUAUAUGGAUCUCCACCUGAGGAGAGGGCCUGGGGAGCCACGGUGCACAGGGCUGUCCUGAUACCUCACCCAGAGAGCGGUCCCAGACAUCGGCAUGGCGGUCUCGCCCGCUCUCUGCCUUAGGCUCCCAGGAGAAGCCAGGACAGAAAACCGAGAUGCUGGCUUCCAACAGUAGAGUUCCACGUCCAAAAAUGCAUCGUGUCCCUGUCUGCUUUGCUACUGUAUGUUGUCUUUGUGAUCUUUUUUUUUUUUAAAUCCUUUUGCUUCAACUAAAAUGACAUAUCAACAAUUUGUCCAAAGAAAAAUGGUUGGGUGGGGGUGGGGGUGGGGAUGGAGGGAAGGGAGAUGGGUAUUUUCAUUUAAUUCAUCAUCAGUUCUUACUAAUCUCUCACAAGCAUCUUAUCUUGCAAAUGCUAAGGGAAAAGAUGAAAAUGCCCCUGUGUGAGCACUAGGGACUGUCACAGCUGGAGAGUGCUCGCCCAUCAAGGAUGCAGGUCUCCCUUUAGCCACUUCCUUCCUGCUAGGCCCCAGUCAUUCUCAUUGCUUUGCGAUCACCAGCCACAGAAUAGAAAGCUCUGCCUCACCCAUGCCACGCCCAGGCCCAUUUGAAACUAUGGCUCAUUGAGAAUUUAGGUUCUUCCUUGGACUUCCUGAGACUUUCCCCACUCUGGAGUGGAGAGGGGCUUGAGAAAGCCCAUCACUGGCUUAACUUUAGGGCACUGUCCAGAACCAACGUGACGUGGGUCAGCGAUGACCGCCUCUAAAUGAGGUGUCACUCAAUGCAUUGUCGCAGACUAUAGCCACCUGAGAAAAUGUUGUCCUCCAAAAUUUACUUCCCAAUAAAUAUUCAGCCAAAGUAGUAAAAUGACCAUAAAGACAAAAAUAGUUAAGGAAUAGCCAGAAAACUUUCAGGACAAACUGUGAAUUUAAUGGACACAGAGUUGAUACUAACUCUGUUUCAGGUCUCAAAUGCAUGACUAUGUAGACUGUGUUUAUAAAAGCAAAUGGAACUGGAAUUUCACUCAAUCGAUCAUUCUGCUAAUAUAUUCUGAAUCUAAGGAAGAAGGCAAAGAUGGGAGGCAAGGGAAUAGUAUGACUGAUGUUUAUUAUACUUCUCAUUUUAAUCCUUAGAGCAACCCUAUUCAAAAGGUAUCGCCAUUUUUUUUAUAUCUGGAGACUGAGGGCCAUAGACAUUAAUUUGCAAAGUCACACCUGGAAGCUAAGUAUAGUUAGAAUGCCUCAUGCCGAAGAGCCUCCCUCCGUCUCUGUGUUGUUUCCAACGGCUGCGCUCUUUUGCUGGUCGGCACAUUCCCAGACCUGACUUGCUGAUGAAAUGUGUGUUGUGGUGCAUUCCUGAUGGGGGUCUAUCUAUCUUCCAAUAAUUAUUCUUGCUGAUGCUGUGUAUGUCUUCUCCAACAGAAAUAAUGCCUUGGAAAUAAAGUCAAUCUUUGGUCUUUUGCUCUGUUGGUAUGGUUCAAAGCAAACAAAUUCAAAUUUGAAAAACACAACAGAAAAGAUCUGGUUCCAAAUAGAACGUUUUCUUUAGGAGGCAUGAAAAGCAGCUAUUGUUGUGUUACAGUGUUAAAAUAUUCAGUUUUCCUUGACGAAAAUGUGUACUGUGUGAGCCUUGCAAAAAAAAAAAAAAGAAGAAGAAGAAGCCUGCUCUGUGGCAUUUGAAUUUUUAUAAAGGUUUCCUUGUGCCAAAAAAAAGUGCAAAGAUUUAAUUUACUAUUAAAAACCAUACGUAUAUGUUAUAGUUCCAGAAGAAUUAUUUUGUCAUCAAGUGAUUUUGAUCUUCAGUGUCAAUAUUUAUAUUUAGAUUAAUUUUUAUAAAUGAAAAUAUUUUAAUGGUUUGAGAAAAUGAGGAUGACAGGACCAUUUCUGUGAUGGCCUCUGAAAGUUAUGCUUGCCUUCGUGUUAUAUGCACAUUGCCGAGAAUUACUGUCAGGAGAAAUGAUAAAGAAGUAAAAGUCAUUUAUGAAAA